UUUAUUGAUUGGAGUGUUGAUGAAAUGCAGUCCUAACUACCCUUCAUGUAAUUUUGAAAAAUGACCAUGUCUGCAAGUUUAGUGAUUUUUAGAGCUUGGAACUAUGAAGUCAUGAGACAACCAAUAAUAGUGUUCCUUAAAAAACCUAAAUUGACCUGAAGUUGUUUGAAGAUGCAGCCCACAUUUUGUUUCUUGGGUUUGCUGUUGAUGGGUUCUGUCCUGGGAGCUCCAAGUGAACCCAUGGCACCUGCUAAUGUCCCAACAGCUGAUAAACCACCAACAGUUGAUAAGUCACCAGCUGAUAUGUCGUCUGCUUCUGCUCCUCAACCAGACACAGCUGAUCCUGAUGUUGCCAUCAGGGAUGUUGAAGAUUCUCUGAAGAAGUUGAGAAUAAAACUGAAUGAUGCUGUGUCAGCCAUAGUAGCACCAGCUGCUAAUACAGCUGGUCAGUUCAAAGCUGCAGAAGCUUCAGUUGGGCUGAAUAUCCCUGAAAUAAGCAUCAAACCUGUUGAAAUCACAGCAAACAAGAAGUAUGCUGAGAUAAUUGGACAGUUUAUUGCUGAUCUAAUACAGGUAAGCACGAUCAAAACAAUAGCUAUAGUCUGUAUGAUGGAACCUGUCCCUUGA